AUGGCUGCCGAAAACAAGCCGGAAGAUGAACAUGGACAUUUGAAAAUAUACCUGCCCAAAAAGCUGCUUGAAUGUCUACCAAAAUGCUCGUCGCUGCCAAAGGAGAGACACAGAUGGAACACCAAUGAGGAAAUCGCAGCUUACUUGAUAACGUUUGAAAAGCAUGAGGAAUGGCUAACGACGUCCCCUAAAACAAGGCCACAGAAUGGUUCAAUGAUCUUGUACAACAGGAAGAAGGUGAAGUACAGAAAGGAUGGCUACUGCUGGAAGAAGAGGAAAGAUGGGAAGACUACGCGAGAGGAUCACAUGAAGCUCAAAGUCCAGGGAGUGGAGUGUGUUUCAGGAGGCUAUAUCCAUUCAAGUGUGAUUCCCUUAUUCCACCACUUGGUUCCCCUCCUUCUCCAGAACCCUGACAUCGUGCUUGUCCACUACUUGAAUGUGCCGGCCAUAGAGGACUGUGGGAAACCAUGCGGGCCAAUCCUGUGCUCCAUCAACACAGACAAGAAGGAAUGGGCCAAGUGGACCAAGGAGGAGCUGAUUGGCCAGCUCAAGCCCAUGUUUCAUGGCAUCAAGUGGACUUGUAGCAACGGGAACAGCAGCUCUGGCUUCUCAGUGGAGCAGCUGGUGCAGCAGAUUCUGGACAGCCACCAAACCAAGCCACCUCCCCGGACCCACAACUGCCUCUGCACGGGCACCCUGGGCGCAGGGAGCAGCGUGCAUCACAAGUGCAACAGCGCCAAACACCGCAUCAUCUCCCCCAAGGUGGACCCCCGUGGAGGCUACAGCAGUGGUCACUCUGAGGUCCAGAACAACGACGUGUCCGAGGGCAAGACCGAGCACAGCAGCCAUGGAGGAGGAGGUGGAGGAGGAGGGAAGAGCUCAGGGGGAGGAGGGGGUAGCGCCAGAGAGAAACGCAAUGGAAAGGUCCACAAGCCUGUUCUCCUGCACCAGAACAGCACAGAGGUGUCCUCUACCAACCAGGUGGAGGUCCCAGACACCACCCAGAACUCCCCUGUGUCCAUCAGCAGUGGCCUGAACAGCGACCCAGACAUGGCUGACAGUCCCGUGGUGACGGGCUUGGGCCAUGUAGCCGCCGUCAUGUCCCAGAGUGUCUUCAUGUCCGAGGUGACCGGAGACCCCGUCUACAGCAUGUCCCCCACAGGGGCCCCCAACACCCACCUCAUGGGCCCCGACGCAGCCUCCCAGGGCCUGGUGCUGUCCGGUGUUGUGGCAGACAGCCACAAGUUUGCCUUCCCCAGCGGAGGAGCUAGGGAGGGGGGAGCAGACGGGCUGUCCAUGCUGUCUGCAGCCGGGGUGUCUGAAGAGCUGGUCCUAUCCAGCAGCCUGGAUAACGGAGGCAUGAAGAUACCUGAGACCACCAUGAACUUCGACCCUGACUGCUUUCUCAACAACCCCAAGCAGGGCCAAACCUAUGGGGGCAGCAGGCUGAAGGGGGACGGCAGCUCCUCCUCCUCCUCCUCUUCCUCCAACGGCACCAAUGGCAGCAUGCAGCGCUCUCCCUCCAUGUCAGACUCUGGAUACAGCUUCAACUCUGCUCUGGUGAAGAACAUCAAGACGGAGGACAUGUCCUUCGAGCAGCAGCUGGCCACCGAGCAGGGAUACCAGGUGGGGGUGGUGGUGAGCUGUGGAGGAGGUGUGUCUUGUUCCUCUGGGGCAAGUUCAGCACAGAGCUCCCUCGGCCUGACCCCUGCAGGCUCUCUGCUGCCCUCUGGAGGAGGCCUGAGCCCCAGCACCACCCUGGAGCAGAUGGACUUCAGUGCCAUCGAUGCCAAGCAGGACUACCCGUCCGGGGCUGGGACAGUGGGCUAUGGCCAGCCUAUAAACAGCCCCCACCUCUCCCACCAGAGCCACUCGCCCAGCUUCUUCCUCCAGGACACCCAGCAGCCCGGCCAGGCCCAGCAGGGCAGGUCCUCCAUGGGCCAGAAGACUCACCUGAUGGAGCACAACUCCCACGACUCCACAGCCUACAUGAGCCUGCAGGUGGUCAAGACGGACUCCCCUGGCAGCAACGGCCAUCUCCACCACCACCACCAGAGCCACCAGGGCCAGCAUAGGGCCAACUGCAACGGGGGCUCCCCCACCGAGGGGCCAGGGCAGGGGCCUGGGUCUCUCCAGCUCCUGCAGUACCAGGGGGGCUUCCCUGGGCUGGGGCCGGAGCAUGAGGAGGUGGUGGGUCUGGAGCAGCCAGGCAGCGUGAGCUCAGGCCAAGCCGGGGGAACAGAGAACGGAGAGGGUCUACUGAAGCCUGGGGAUCACCUCCAGGCCUGUGGAGGAGGCAACCAAGAGGGAGGAGGUGCAGAGCACUACCUGCAGCAGGCCAAUGACGGAGGAGGAGGUCAGGGAGGUGGAGGGAAAGGAGUGGCCAUGCACAACGGAAAUGGCGUCAACAAUGACGGCAGCAACCGCUCCCAGCAACAGCAGCAGCUGCAGCCCCUCCUCCAGGGGGCUGGGAUGGUCCAGGGCCUCUACAAUACCGUGGGCCACCACCAGGGCCUGGGCGGAGCGGGCUCCAAUGGGGUAGCAGGAGGGGGAGGCAUGGAGAUCAGCCUGGACCACUUCGACAUCUCCUUCGGGAACCAGUUCUCUGACCUUAUAAAUGACUUCAUCUCUGUGGACGGUAGUGGAGCCAACAUGACGGCCGGAGGAGCCCUCUACACCCACCAGCUGGUGGGCAACCACGGCUCAGAUGGCCAGGCCACACCUAGCGGAGCUCCUCAGCAGGACCAGGAGGACGGAGGUGUAGGAGGGGCCCGGGGAGCAGGAUACAGCCCCUCAGAGCUUUGUCUCCAGCCCUGCUGCAGCCCCCAGUCGCUUGGUGGAGGUGCCGGGGGUGCAGGGGUGGAGCCAGGCUCCCUGGCCUACAUGCACGUGGCGGAGGUUGUGUCUGCAGCCGUGGCCCAGGGGGCUCUGGGUAUGCUGCAGGCCACUGGGAGACUCUUCAUCGUCACUGACUACUCCCCUGAGUGGUCCUACCCUGAGGGAGGAGUGAAGGUGCUCAUCACUGGUCCAUGGCAGGAGGCCAGCUCUAACUACAACUGCCUGUUUGACCAGGUCGCUGUCCCUGCCUCUCUCAUCCAGCCGGGGGUGCUGCGCUGCUACUGCCCAGCUCAUGACACUGGGCUGGUGACGCUGCAGGUGACAGCCAGUAACCAGAUCAUCUCUAACUCAGUGGUGUUUGAGUACAAGGCCCGCGCCCUGCCCUCACUGCCUUCCUCACAACACGACUGGCUCUCACUGGACGAUAACCAGUUCAGAAUGUCCAUCCUGGAGCGCCUGGAGCAGAUGGAGAGACGGAUGGCAGAGAUGGCCUCCCAUCACCAGCAGAGCAGUGGAGGAGGUGCAGGAGGAGGAGCAGGAGGUGGAGGAGGAGGAGGAGGUAGUGGUGGUAACAACAGCCAGACACAGUGUGUGUCAGGGCAGGGUCAGGCGGGCAGCAGCUUUGAGAGCCGUGUGGUGGUGGUGUGUGAGAAGAUGAUGAACCGGGCCUGCUGGGCCAAGUCCAAACACCUGAUCCACUCCAAGACCUUCAGGGGCAUGACCCUGCUUCACCUGGCCGCUGGGCAGGGCUACGCCACCCUCAUCCAGACACUCAUCAAGUGGCGCACCAAGCAUGCAGACAGCAUUGACCUGGAGCUGGAGGUGGACCCUCUCAAUGUGGACCACUUCUCCUGCACCCCUCUGAUGUGGGCGUGUGCCCUGGGUCACCUGGAAGCGGCAGUGGUCCUGUAUAAGUGGGACCGACGGGCCCUGGCCAUCCCUGACUCUCUGGGACGCCUGCCUCUGUCCAUCGCCCGCUCCCGCGGCCACACCAAGCUGGCCGAGUGUCUGGAGCAGCUGCAGAGAGAGGAACAGCAGCCCCCUGCACCUCUGCCCCCCACCACACGCAUGUCCUUCUCCCCCACCCCCCACGACGUUCCCACCUCAGACAGCUGGAUGGUUACAUGGGCCAGCGACGGCGUGAUGGUGCCCGGCGGAAAGAAAGGCGGCGCCGCCACCACCACCAGCACCUCCACCACCACCACCUCCACCAACCUCAACCCAGACUUGAGAAGGCCGAGAUCCGAGCCCUCCAACUACUACAGCAGUGAGUGCCAGCGAGACCUUCCCUUGGCCAAGAAACACAAGCCCAACCCCGAGCUGUUCCAGGCCAGGCCCGACAAGGCCAUGUCUGUCCCGCUGAGCCUGGAGCAACAGCAGCUCCACAAGCUGUCCUUCAGCCCCAAAAGCCUGUCGCCUGAGGGCCUCAGCCCAGACAAAAGUCUCUCCGGUGGGGGAAGCUCUGGAGGAGCAGGGGUAGCCAAGUGGAGCUCUAGGGAGGGUUUCUCCAGCAGGGGCUUAGGCAGAAAAGGUUCAGGGGACUCUGGGGGCAGCAGCCUGGGGAAGGAGAAGCUGGCUAGCAGGCUGAGACAGAGGGAACAGCUGGGGAACAUGCUGGUGAUGGCUGAGAGAGAGAUGGUGGACACUGAGCUGUUUUCCUACAGAGAAGACCUGGAGAACCAGGACUGUAUGACGCAGAUGGACAACCUGCAGGACAACAUGAUGACUCUGGCAGAGCAUAUCAUUGAGGCGACCCCAGAGAGAAUCAAGAGGGAGAACUUUGUGGCCCUGGAUGGGGUGCCCCUGGACAGUACUGGUGUCAGCAACACCAUGAGCUGGUUGGCCAGUUACCUCGGAGACGUGGAGCAGCUUCCCAGCAUCAUACAGCUACGAUCUCUGCACAGUGGACCUCUGACUCCAUCCUCCAAUCCCAGCCUAGGGGGGUCUCCCCUGAGGGAGGGGCCCAUGGAGAGGCCUACCCUGCCCUCCCCGGCCGACUGGAGCGAGUUCAUCCAGGCCUCUAACAACAAGGUGGAGAGAGACUUGGCCCAGCUCACCCUGUCCGACCCCGAGCAGAGGGAGCUGUACGAGGCCGCCCGUCUCGUCCAAACUGCCUUCCGCAAGUACAAGGGACGCCCAUUCAGAGAGCAACAGGAAGUAGCUGCGGCAGUCAUUCAGCGUUGUUACAAGAAAUACAAACAGCUAACAUGGAUAGCCUUGAAGUAUGCACUUUAUAAGAAGAUGACGCAGGCCGCCAUUCUUAUCCAGAGUAAGUUCCGCAGCUACCACGAGCAGAAGAAGUUCCAGCAGAGCAGGCGGGCGGCCGUGCUGAUCCAGCAAUACUACCGCAGCUACAAGGAGUUUGGCAGGCUCAGGCUACACCGGCAAGGAGCCGCCGCUGCCCUGGUGCAACACAAACUCAGAAGUAGUCUGCUCACUAAGAGGCAGGAUCAGGCUGCCAGGAAGAUCAUGAGGUUUCUACGCCGCUGCCGCCACAGCCCCUUGAUGGACCAUAGACUGUUCAAGCGGAGUGAACGAAUUGAAAAGGGCCAAGGAACAUGA